AUGUCUACAUCAAUACCUGCUAAUGUCCUUGACGCUUCUGCCCUAGAUCCAUCUCAGAACGAUGCUCCCAUCGCCUCCCUACAACUUUAUCGCGGGCUUUUCCAAGGGCGCAAACACUUGUUUGCCCCCUCUGAUACAUCAUCUGCCGAUUACUUUAUCGAGAACCCGGUUCCCCAUAAACAUCAUAGCUCCUGGGAACCAGUCUUCCACCGAGGGGAUAAUCCAAAAUACACUCCGACUACAACGGUGAUUGGCCGUGCCCGCCGCACGGCCAUGUGGAGCUCGUUCCGUCUGUGGUUGGGCGACGGCGUACGCGAGGUGUUGGAGAACGAGAAUCGGGCGAAAGUGAAAAAAAAAAAGCGGCGAGGAAAGCAAAGUGUAGGAAGAUAUUUGGGUUGA